AUGAAACCAUUCAAUAUAUUUGUAGCAUCAUUGCUAGCCUCUCGAUUAGGAGCAGCUCAAAUUGUGAAUGUCCCGCUCAACUUUCGGAUUCAAGACACCGAAAUUCCGCAGGAAUUGGCAGCGAACCUCGUCUCGUCACCCAAAUCGUCCCAAUCGUCUCAAUUGACUUCCAAGACUCGGUUUGAACGUCUUUUCAUCCACCGCAACAAUGACUCAGAGGAAUAUUUAUGUGCUAUACCUCCUGCCAACUCCACUUUCCAAGACAUGCCCGAAGAAUCUCAGCUGGACCUCGAGAAAGACUCAAUUAUACUUGCUCGAGCCAUAGAUAUUGUUCAUGGCAGCUUUUCACCUGAUCAAUGCGUUUGGUCAUAUGAUUUGCGUGGCUUCUACUGGACCUACGGCUACUGCCACGGUGACAAGAUUGUCCAGUACCACGAGAUGGCUCCUAUGAAGGAUAGACCCCACAAACAUGUACCUGGGUCACCGAAUAUGGUAUAUGUUCUCGGUCGAUUCUCCAAAGCUUCCGCUAAAGAGGUGUCAUUCAAGAACCAGGUUUCUGCCAUAGAAAUGCAGAAGUACAUCCGAGACUCGGGCCGUUCUUUCCGUCUCGUGGACGAGAAAUUGAGUCCUUUUAGCCAUCUGUCUCAAAAAGUGGUGUUGCAAAUGGCCUCCGACGGCUCUCUAUGUGAUAUGACUUUGCAUCCUAGAUCCACAGAGGUUGUAUAUAAAUGUGAUGUCAACGGUGGAAAACACCCUCAGAUAUUGGAUGUGGAGGAAAUCAAAACUUGUCACUAUAGACUCUUUGUUCAUGUUCCUGGAUUGUGUCAGUACGAACCGUUUCUACCCAAUAAGGACACAGAGGACUUGGUGGAUGUUACUUGCCAACGUGUGAGCUCACAGGCUGCUUACUCUGUGGACGGUAUGCUGACGUUUGAAGAUUACUCACACCACCAUCAACUUAGGAAAGAUUCGCCUUUCCCUGUUCCAGCCGACACAAGGAUUAACGUUGCUAUGCACGAUAUGGUUGCAUUGAGCAGAGGUUUUUAUCUUGCAAAGUAUACUGGCGAAUAUGGCACGUCCAGCGAGUAUUAUAACCACCGGAAUGUUAUCUUGUUCAAUGGUUUCCACACAUCGUUGGACGAUCUCAAUUUGCAAUUGGGUCGUACGGUGUUUAAUAGCAUCGGCAAGAAUCUUCUUGCUCCACUUUUCAAAGCUAAUGAGCAGGUGAUGUUGUCGUGGACCCACUCAUUCAUCAUGUGGUUUGAGGUAUACAAUUUCAAGGGUGAACUCUUAGGUAUAUCUCGCUUGCUGCACGAUGGUUCUAAUGAGGUCAAUGUGCUAGGGGCACAAAUGUUUGACCCAGUGACCCUUUUAGAUGUGGAUGGCGACGACUCGAUGCCCAGAUCCUUCAAUCGACCUGCCUUUGAGGCUCCGUAUAACAUGUGGAACUUCGAGAUGUUUUUGGCCAAGGGCCGGAGUCCUGCCUUCAACAAGAAGGGUCGAAGUACAAGCAAGAAGUCCCAAAGUUGGAAGAAGAAGUUGGAAGAAGAUAUGGUGGAACUGACGCAAAUGGUGUUGGUAUACAAUGAUGGAGUUAUGGCUGACGGUAGUCCUAACAUAGAAAUCUACUUGGAGGAUACAGGCGAGAAGUUAACAGGCCAAUACAAUGAGAAAGAUGUGUAUGAGUUCACAUACGAGCCUAAUCCAGGGCAAACUGAAACUUUCACUGCCCUCGUGAUUCCUGAGGUUGAGUACUUUGGGUACCCAAUUACAUUCCGUGAGCCUAAGAGUUUGGCAGAGCUCAAGAAGCUGGAGGAGUUGACUGUGACGGUGACCCAAACUGCGGGGACAGCUGAGGCCACCGACCAAGGAGCAGAACUUCAAGACGAAAGGGACGAUGUCAACGAUGGUGAUGAUGCCAACAAUAAAGAGCUAGAUCGAGAGAUCACUCCCGAACACCUUUUUGAUGAACUUAUCCAGAGAUUAUAUGACAAUAUCGACGGUGACGUGAACCACGAGCACUUGGACGAGUUCAUAGAUGCUAGUCGCGAGCAAGACCUCGAAUUGGAAGAUUUACAUGACGAAUUAUAA